AUGGCUUCUUCCCACGCCACCCCAUCAAAUUUGGCCCCGGCCUCCACCUCAGCAUUCAAUCGUCUAUACCGCUUCGCCCAACUGUCUCGCGAAGCCAUGUCGCUUUCUUUGGAGCAACGGGGUAUACCGUGUUCAGAUUUCACGCACGUUAUCGAAGCUCAGAGUUGA